ACUGCGGUAUCUUUCAGAAUGAUGGCCAAUUUUAACUGAAGAAUUGAAUUUUGGUAAAAGUGAGUUCUGGAUAAAAGUACUGUAGGAGCUGACUAAAAAUCUUAUUUUUGUUGCUCCGGCGCUGGGGAUUGGCAAUCUUUUUGGAUUGGAAAAGCAUUAUCACCGCAACGUUUACGACUUGCGAUAGGAGUAUCGGUUUAUCUUUAAUACGACUUGCGAAGAACCUGCCGUUGUAUCGCCGCACAGAGAUUUCACAACGUACAUACAACGUGCUGUACGAUCGUUUUUGUUCAACGGUUGGCAGUUUAAACUAUUACCGCCUGUGCAGAACAUAACGGAAUAAUCGGACUGCUUUGAAAACCUGCCUAACCUGGCUUUUCUGCGGUUUCAAAGUUUAUUCUCAACAAGUCUUGAAAAAUUGUGCUACGACCAUUUGCCGCUGCGUAAUUAUCCUCAAUUAGCGGCUAAAACCAGACCAGCGUGGAAUACUGACAACGUGAAAAACGGUCCGUUCUCACGGCAGUGUGUUAUCGCUGACCACCGUCAGCUGUUAAUUUUCGUAUCCGCCUCUUGGAUCGACGGAGAAAAUUGUGCUGAAAUAGUACAUUCCCGAUUACCUUUACCAGGAUUUAAACUUAAUUCAUCAAAAUGCCCAAGUGUCCACGCUGCAGCAAGGAGGUGUAUUUCGCUGAACGGCGCACUUCAAUGGGAAAGGACUGGCAUCGGGAGUGUCUGCGAUGUGAGCGCUGCUCGAAAACCCUUUCACCCGGCCAGCACUCGGAGCACGAAGGAAGACCGUACUGUAAUGUGCCGUGCUAUCAAGCGCUCUUUGGCCCUCAAGGUUGCGGAAUGGCUCGUGGAACAGUUGGAAGCUUCGUGUACGACAAUGCCAAUCCAUCGGAUAAAUCAACUUCCGAUCAUUAAUUCGCUGCGGUCAACUGAUACGUUUUGAAUCCGUUGCUGGCUGCGUCGAGAUAUUAAAUCUUUCCCCGCCAUGAAACGACUUGUUGGCCACCUGCUGUGCGAAUCACUUAACCAGUACCUGUACACACUUUUAUAUUAUUGGGUGAAGACUUUUAUCACUUUACGCUUUUAUGAUUUCUGAUUAUAUUGCCGAAUGCUGUGUCGUAAUUUCACCGCUCUACGCGUCUCCGCCUGACGAUCCUCUAUCAGCUGUUACAGCUCUUGGUCAAGCGCAUCCGCUACGCUAAAGAAAGCCGGCAGUUUUUAUUGUUACAAGCCGAUGCUUACCAAUACCGAAUCGUGCGCGCUUGUGAUUAUAUAGCUGCAGAUUGUUGCUGUGCUGCCUGUGCGCAGAAUUGAGAAUGGGUAAUAUUUUGUUUGCCUUAUUGAAGAGUGCGAUAUAUUAUUUUCCACAAUAGAGAGCUUUGUGAUUUGGGGAGAAGUAAAAGUGCUAAAGAG